UGUCAUUAAAGGUAGCAUUCGGAUCAGUAUGAAGGAUGUGAAGGGAAUGAGAAAACAGGAACGUUCCUUGCCCCCGCCCCCUUUUUUUUUCUCCCACCAAGUAGAAACAGAUCCAGUCCGGGUUUUCCGUUCGACUCCGUCUCUGAAUUUCGGCUGUGCACUAAGUAGCACGUUUCUCUCUCUCCCCUCCUUUCUCCUUUCCUCUAGCCUCCAGGAUCCCUCUCUUCCCAUUUCAGGCGGACUCUCUCACAGGCUCCCUCAGCCUGUGUGAAACUGAGGUUUCCUCUGGAACCCGUAUAUCCCCAACACAUACCUCCACGCAGACACAUCCCCAAGAACCCCGCGCUCGCACCGACACACACGCGCGCACACACUCGCGCUCGCCCGUCCACCUCCCUCCCGGGAGAGCCGGCGCGCGUCCCCACCUCCGCCGCACACUCCGGCGAGUCGAGCUCGCAGCGCCCUAGGAUUCUGCGGCUCGGAACUCGGAUCGCGGCUCGGAACCCUCAUGGUGGAUUUGGAAACAUUUCCUUCUCUCUCUCGUUUUGAUUGCACCCUUUUCGACCUGGGGGGCUAGAGGAGCCAGGCGGCUGCUCUCCCAGCCAGCCCCGGUUGGCUUGCCAUCUCCAUCUGGCUUAUAAAAGUUUGCUGAGCGCGGUCCAGAGGGCUGCGCUGCUCGUCCCCUCGGCCGGCGGAAGGGGGUGACGCUGGGCAGUAGCGAGGAGUGCGCCGCUGGCUCUGGCGGGCUUUCGGCUCCAGGGGCAAGGUGAAGAGCGCACGGGCCGUGGGGUUGACCGAGCUGGAUUUGCAUGGUGCACCAUGCCUUCUUGGAUCGGGGCUGUGAUUCUUCCCCUCUCCGGGCUGCUGCUGUCUCUCCCGGCCGGGGCGGAUGUGAAGGCUCGGAGCUGCGGCGAGGUCCGCCAGGCGUACAGUGCCAAGGGAUUCAGCCUGGCGGACAUCCCCUACCAGGAGAUCGCAGGGGAGCACUUAAGAAUCUGUCCUCAAGAAUAUACCUGCUGCACCACAGAAAUGGAGGACAAGCUAAGCCAGCAGAGCAAACUGGAGUUUGAAAACCUCGUGGAAGAGACGAGUCACUUCGUGCGCACUACCUUCGUGUCCAGGCACAAGAAGUUCGACGAAUUUUUCCGAGAACUCCUAGAAAAUGCAGAAAAGUCACUCAAUGAUAUGUUUGUACGGACCUAUGGGAUGCUGUACAUGCAGAAUUCAGAAGUGUUCCAGGACCUGUUCACAGAGCUGAAGAGAUACUACACAGGGGGCAAUGUGAACCUGGAGGAGAUGCUCAAUGACUUCUGGGCUCGGCUCCUGGAACGGAUGUUUCAGCUGAUAAACCCACAGUAUCACUUCAGCGAGGACUACCUGGAAUGCGUGAGCAAAUACACAGACCAGCUGAAGCCGUUUGGAGAUGUACCCCGCAAACUGAAAAUUCAGGUCACCCGCGCCUUCAUUGCUGCUCGGACUUUCGUCCAGGGGCUGACUGUGGGCAGAGAAGUUGCCAACCGAGUUUCCAAGGUCAGCCCCACCCCAGGGUGCAUCCGUGCUCUCAUGAAGAUGCUGUAUUGCCCGUACUGCCGAGGACUCCCCACCGUGAGGCCCUGCAACAACUACUGCCUCAAUGUCAUGAAGGGCUGUCUGGCAAAUCAGGCCGAUCUGGACACCGAGUGGAACCUGUUCAUAGAUGCAAUGCUGUUGGUGGCAGAGCGACUGGAAGGACCUUUCAACAUUGAGUCGGUCAUGGACCCUAUAGAUGUCAAGAUCUCUGAAGCCAUUAUGAACAUGCAAGAAAACAGCAUGCAGGUGUCUGCAAAGGUCUUUCAGGGAUGUGGCCAACCCAAGCCUGCUCCAGCCCUCAGGUCUGCCCGCUCAGCUCCUGAAAACUUUAAUACACGGUUCAGGCCUUACAAUCCUGAGGAAAGACCGACAACCGCAGCAGGCACGAGCUUGGACCGGCUGGUCACAGACAUAAAAGAGAAACUGAAGCUCUCUAAAAAGGUCUGGUCGGCAUUGCCCUACACCAUCUGCAAGGAUGAGAGCGUGACAGCGGGCACGUCCAAUGAAGAGGAAUGCUGGAACGGGCACAGCAAAGCCAGAUACCUGCCUGAGAUCAUGAAUGAUGGGCUGACCAACCAGAUCAACAACCCUGAGGUGGACGUGGACAUCACCCGGCCCGACACUUUCAUCAGGCAGCAGAUCAUGGCUCUCCGCGUGAUGACCAACAAGCUAAAGAAUGCGUACAAUGGCAAUGACGUCAACUUCCAGGACACAAGUGAUGAAUCCAGUGGCUCGGGGAGUGGCAGUGGGUGCAUGGAUGACGUGUGUCCCACGGAGUUUGAGUUUGUCACCACGGAGGCCCCUGCCGUAGAUCCCGACCGGAGAGAAGUAGACUCUUCUGCAGCCCAGUUCGGCCACUCCCUGCUCUCAGCGUCUCUCGUCUGCAUUGUCCUGGCACUGCAGAGACUGUGCAGAUAAUCCUGGGUUUUUGGUCAGAUGAAACUGCAUUUUAGCUAUUUGAACAGCCAACUCACUUCUUUUCUUACACUCUUGGACAAUGGACCAUGCCACAAAAACUUACCGUUUUCUAUGAGAAGAGCAGUACUGCACUCUGCCUCCCUUUUUGUUUUCCCAAAGAGUAACGGGUGCCAGACUGGACUGCUUCCUCUUUCCUUUGCUAUCUGUGGGAACCUUGUCUAUUCUAGAGAAUUCUUACUCAAAUCUUUCUACCAGGAGAUUUUCUUACCUUCAUUUGCUUUUAUGCUGCAGAAGUAACGGAAUCUCACGUUGUGAGUCAUCCCCGCCCCCUCCCCUUUAUAACAACUUGGAAAAAAAAGUAGGAAUAAUAUUCUCCAUAAAAUCAGGCCAAACCCCAAAACAACCGCAUUUUCAACAAAGAAGCAAACAAGAGCGAAAAAUAAAAGAGCUCCAACACCAUCAAUCCAGUAUUACCAGGCAACUCCCAAUGUAAGCUUUUCUGUGACUCAUUGCAUUUUUAAAAAAAUGCUAUGGGGAGAAAGUUUGAAAAUGUUUUUAGUGAAGUGAAAAUGCACUGUUGUCUUGGAGGUAUCAUCUUGCACUCUAACCACACAGCACCAAACUGACUUAGAGGUACUGGUACUAAAUUUGAAUUCUAUCUUUAAAAUGACACAAAAUAUUAUUAUAACUCAGCACCUCCCUCACCCUGACCAAUUUCAAAUGCAGUAAUGGUGCCAUUCUCCUCAAUUCUCUUAAUGUCUUUGUCCACUGGAUCCAAUUGGCACAGAUUUCCCCUUCAUCUUCAGUUACUAGUGGACAUCCCCAUCCAUUUAUCCUCCUCAAGAAUCUGAAUGGAAAAUAAUCAUCAACAAAUGCAAUCGCUUUGCUUUAGCCAUAGAUUGGACAUUAAUUUGGUAUCUGCCCCUGUGCUCAUUACCUCCCAAAUGAAGAUUCCUUUUAGUGAACUGAUAAGCAGUUAGACCCAUCAGUGAGUUUUCAUUUUUAGCCAUUUGCUUUGUGUCAAUUGGUUUCUGCAUCACAAGGGCAUUCUCUUACAAAAUAACUCACAACAAAAAAAAGACAAGACAAAAAAAAUAUAUAUAUAUAGUAUUGACAUGGAGAUUUCUUUCACUUUUUUAGUCUUAGUAUGAUCAUCUAUUUUUAUAUCUAUAUAUAUAUAUAAAUCACAGAUUUUAACUUCUUAAUUCCAAGCUCAGGGUUGACACACCUUUGUAACAAAAAUGUUUUGUCAACCAGCUCUUCUUGUUUUGUGCUGCUCAGAGAAGGGAUUCUUCAAUGAUCUGUGAGCACCAAGAAUCAAGAAAGAGACCUUUUUACGUAUCUAACUGUCCAUUUAAUAAAAGUUUGCCAGGGCACACCCUUUUUGCAUGAGCGUGCUUUGUCCUGGAUGCUCCAGACUGUAUCGAGCUCAUGGAGAGAGCCAUGGGUAUGUAGGACAUUACUGGGGAUGGAAGCUGUAUGGGUAAAGAAUGUGUUAUUCACGCAAAACCAUUGUUUUCACGUACAAUGCCUUCAGCCUAGGAUUCCUACCUGGCACUUGAGAAAAUGUCCUAACACAAGAGGCCAAUUUAGAGCCACAGCCUAACUGGUCCACCCAAGUGUGCCAAAGCUAGGCCCUGUGCUCCCCUGACAGAGAGAAGCAAAAUAAACCAAAAUGGGGCUUUAUGAAUACAUUGACUAUCCAUAUAUUUCUUGGUUUUUAUGAUGCAUCUGGGGUUGGGAAAAGUAAUGUUUUAAGACACCAGAGUACACCAGUCACUCACUGUUAAUUAACCCAUUGGCAGUAAUGACAUAUAAAUGGUAUUUUUCAAUCCCCUUCCUCAUCAAAAUUAUAAUUAGUUAUUGAUUUAGUCAUCGCGUUUAAGUAGAGCAUAUGCGCACAAUAGUAUUAAGUAUAAUUGAGCACUUUUGCAAAACUGAAAGUAUUUAGAAGCAUCUAUUGCUAUAGUAUGCCUAAUGAAAUAUGAAACGUAGAAUUCUGAGAGACUUUGUGGCAUUUUUUUUUCAUUAAAAUUUUUAUGAAGUUAACAUUUAGCCUAAUUCAGCAUUACAUACUUCUAGAAAAACAUUUCACUGCCAAACUUUGGCUUUCGGUCACCAAUUCUACAUAAAAUAUCUCUAUGAAGGACCAAUUUAUGUUGUUCAUGUCAUUGUAUGUUCAGAAAUCAGCAUUGUCUUUCUCCGAAUAAUUAAGGUGCAAUACAAAUUAAAUCAACCUUGGUUGGACAGAAUUUUGAGUAAUAAUUUGUUUUUAUGGCUUUAAACUUCAAGUCUUUCCUUUUUUAAAUGUGUCUGCAUUGUCUUCUAUGAAAUAGAUCAGAAUGCCUUGUUUUCCCUGUGUUUUCACCCAAAAUGGUUUUGUGCAUGUGUAUGAGUACACAUUAUAUUACUGAAUUUGAACCCAUGUUCUGUACACACUAAACACACAGGUAACAUAUAAACACCUGCUUCAUUUGUUCAACACCUUCAUUAUUAAUAGCAUUCAUAAUGGUUAGAUGUCGUGAUCCAUCUGAGCCAGGCAGAGAGCUGAAAUGACUAUCAGUUAAUGAUGCCACAAUAUUAGUCACCUGCAUGAAUGUGGUCAAAAUCAUUCAAAUUGUACUUUCUUGUUUUUAUCAUCAUUCUAAUAUUUCAUAUGAUUUCAGACUAAUUUAACAUGAGACUUAAUCUAGUUACUCCAUUUCAGAAGAACUUUGAAACCUCAUCUCACCCCACCCCACCUCUGGCCAAAUUAAUUUCUCUCAUUUUAGCAGUGUGAUAGGGAAGCAAUGAUGCUGCAUUAUUUUUCAUGACCUGACUUCUUGGCUUUGAUGUCUCCUAAGUUCUGUAAUGACAUCAUAACCUCUGUUACAAGUAGAGAGGGAUGGGCUCACUGAAGUCGGAACUAGAAUUUGUUGGGUGAUGCUCAUAACUGCAAACACUUAGCUUAUUGAAGUGCCUCUAUUUACAUGUUUAGUUAUAAUAUGUAUUUUUCUAACAGAAAUACACGUCUGUAAUUGGUGUAUAUUAUACUUUGUAUAUGUUACAACAAAAGCUAAACAGAGGCUAAAGUCUUUAGCAGAGAAGAAUGAAUUACAAAUUCACGUAUUAGAGCUCUGCUAUGGUUCUGUACUGAAAGACAGCCAUGACAACCUUCUGUCAUCUUAAUGAAGGUCAAGUUGGCACUUUGAUUAUAGCCUUCCUCAAACAACCUUAGCAAUAGCAAUCUGACUCCCUUACAGUGACUUACCCAGAUAAGUAUCUUGUAUGACCUGUUUUAAUUGUAAGGGAUAGAAAAUACUACUUGUCUACACUGAGAAACACUAUUAUUCAUUGAAAAGCCGAAUUAAGUAUAAAAGUAACAUUCUAUAGCUCAAACUGAAAAUAUUAUUGGUCACAGAAUCCUGAUAUUUAAUUUAUAUUCCCUGCUGCAGACAUUAGCCUACUUUAAUUCUUUAGCCAUUACAUACAUGUUUUGGCUACACACUGAACACCAACUAAAGUCCCCAAGGAGGAAUAAAACCUUAGCAAAUUCCUGAGUUGUGAUUCUUUUGUUACUUCUAUUUGCAAGGCUAAUUGUCAAGUGGUUUGAUUAAAGGUGGAAGCGUUAGAAAUGCAAGUUUUGACUUAUCUACAACUUGCAGAAAUUCAAACUCAUUAUCAUUUACUUACAGUCACUAACAGACCUGACUUUUAACAAGACAAACAAAUGGUAGUUUAGCUUUGCCAGCAGAAGAGUAAAGGAGACCAUAACUUAUAAAUUUGCAAUGUGUUCCUCCUCGGUGGAGACAUUAGCCAGUGUUUAGUUUUAGGCCAAAUUAUACAAAUAGAGUAUUGAUUUGUAUGCAUUCUGGAGCCUUGCUAUAUCAUGAUUUGCUACAACAUGAGAACUCAGCCUAGCAUGGGGCCAUGUGAAUCUCACUCACAGUGGAAUAGUUCCUGGAAUCUUUGACCUUGCCUUGCAAGGAGGUAUCUCCAUGAAAAGAAACCUAGCAAUGGCCUAAUAGUGAGGUCUCUGCGUGCAUAUGCGUAAUAUAUAUGCAGGAUAAAUGUGUGCACCAAUCAAACCUAAAAUUUUAUGUGACUGUCAAAUGAAUAUUAUUUGGGUUAAGAUUUUUCAUUUCUGAUUUGGAUAGAAAAUUGCUAUUAAUCUUGUAUUAAAAUAGUUUUUAAAAAUC